AUGGGAGCCUGUUAUUCAAAGAACACUGCAGCAGGGUCAUCUUCUGAAAUUACCAGACCCAAACAUAAGCAGAGAGACUCACCAAGGGCUGGAAAUGGGAAUGCAGGAAUAACGAAGCAAAAGGACAAACAUUUGACCAAGCCAGCUGUAGUGAAUGACACAAGCAAUGAUGCUGAAUCAAACUUAUCCAUUCUAGAUGCAGUGAAUGAGCAUGUGAAUGAGACUUUGGUGAAUUCUGGUGUGGUACCAUCUGAUAGUGGAAUAGAAAGCAUAGACACUGUUGUAGAUGAUGCUGGAGACAGUGUCCAUUUGAAGCAAACAGAUGAAUUUUAUAACACAGUUGAACAUCCUAACAGUGGUUCCAGUCUGAGGUCCGGUGGCCAUGAUCUUAGCCUUGGCUCAAGACAAGAUGAGAGGCAUGUUAUUGAUCAUAAUGAUGCUCAAAGCAGCAAAGAUCCCACUACAGCAUGCAGUAAAAUCCACACUGACCAUGACAGACUUUCUGCUAAGAAUGGCACCGUCACAAUCAUCAAUGCUUUGACAAAUGAUUCUCAUGGCAGUAUUCAUGAUUUUCUAUUGAAACAAAAUGUGCAGUUGGCAGAUUCAUCAAAUAAAGAUGGGGGCAUAAGCACAGCUUCUGAAAGCACUGCAAAAGGUUCUCAUGUUAUCCAAGACUCAGUCCCUUCCAUGAAAGGUUACGAUAACCAGCAGUCUAAUGUGCUCAGUGAAACAACAAUGCGUUACAGAGCUCCAUUGGCUGCAUUUGAUUCAGUUGAAGGAAAUCUAAAUGAAUCUUCCAUUCACUUGAACGGAAAGCGGCAAAGUUUACUUAGUGAAAUCCUUGACCUAACAGAGUCUCUGUGUAAAUGUGACUUCUAUUCCAGUGAAAAUUGUUUCCGAGACCACGGAGUCAACGGCACUGCCACAGGAUUCCGUCUCAGUAGGCGGGGCUCAGAAAUUGGUGCCAGUGGACAGUUUGAGAAAAUUGAUGAGCACUUGAAUCAGAUUGACCGGUCUGCCUCCCCUAAAUGCAACCCUCACAAUGGCUCCUCAUCAACGAGUACUUCACAAAUGUCCAGUACUCCCACCAGGAAGCUAGCAAGUUUAGCAAAGAAUGUUUCAUUUGCUGCCCAUGAGGACAUCAGCACUGUAGCUGCAUCAGGGGCAUCAUUCAACAGUCGCCUGGACUCCAUGUUGUCAUCUGAUAAAUACAGCCAGAGGACUGCAUCUGAAAUUAUUUUCCCAAAUAAGCAGAAAGAUCUCCAUAAACGUUCUGCAUCACUUGGCAGUAUGAAGGCGACAAUGAGUGACUCCAGCAGUGAUGUACCAGAUGGUACUACAGAGGAUGACAUUGCCAGUUUGGAUCUUGACAACAUCAGUAGAGUUACCUCCAUCUCCUACAACAGCAUCAGACAACUGGUGGAGAGUACAGAAAACUUAGUAUCAGACCUUUACAUUGCCCGAUCGUUGACCAUUGAAGGAGUGGACUGUGUGGCUAUUCCAAAAGAUGUUUACCGCCAGAUGCAAACAGAUCUGGCGACACUCAAGCAGCAGCUUCUCUUCUUGUCUUCAGUCAUGCAAGAGAUGUCACUGUUGUCCCACCUUGGUGUGGGUUGGAUCAGUUGGCUAGAUGUCACUGUUGUCCCACUUGGUGUGGGUUGGAUCAGUUGGCUAGAUGUCACUGUUGUCCCACCUGGAUGUGGGCUGGAUCAGUUGACUGGAUGCAAUGGCAAGCUCUGA